CCAUAAACGUGUUAUCUUCUUUUCUUAGCUAAAAAAAAUCAAUCACCUUCUGAUGUUGAUGACUUACUCAAGUUUUAAUUUAGUUUUCGCUCCUAGUUCAGCUAAAAAGUAAUGUUACUUGAUUUGGAUCAGAAUAAUAUAUCACUUACUACUCAAGUUUUUCCCAUUGUUGUUGAGGCUGUGAAUUAACAGAGGGGAGUGGGGGACAAGGUAAACCAGUCAUCAUGAUGAUAAGGAAUAAAUGGAAAUUAUAUUAAUAAAUGAGGGAUGAAAACUGAGAUAUUUUUAUUUGGGUGAGCAUAAGGUUCACAAUAAUGACUAAUUGCAUUAAGCAGUAAACGGCGGACUAUAAAAGAAGAUAUUUUAUAAAUAAAAAAUUUAAUAGCACUAAAAAUACAUUUAACCCUAAACAUUUGUGUUGUUGAUAAGUCUCACAUUUAUUAGAUAUUUGACCAAGAUAGUACUUCAGAAAACAAUUUACAAGCUAGUUUUUUGGUAAAGUUAGUACCGGCUCAAAUUCUAAGAUGGUAUCAAAGUAUAUCAUAGUUUAUUGGAGACCACCCAUAUAUGAGUCAUAGACAGAUGUUCAUUCAUGCAAAUCUCAGGCUCUAGCAUUGACUAGAGAUAUGACCAAGAUAUAGUAGAACAAUCCUCACCUUUUGGUGUAUAGCUAGGUCUCUCAAAUUCUAAGAUGUGUGAAUCAAAUGAGAUGACUAGCUAAAAUAAUCUUUUCAUUAGAGUUUUGAAUUACUUGCUUUAUGCAAAUUAUGAGCAAAGGUGGGUUAAUGCGGUCGCAAUUGUGGUUGCUAUGCUGUUACAAGGACUCGAAAACCCCUUAACGUUGCAGCUGCAAUUACGAUUGCCGAGGGCACUGCUUGUCUUAUGGAAUCUCCACUCUCCCUUCCCUUUUUCAUUAUUAUUCUUUCCAAUAACUUUGCAUGAAUUCUUUUCUCAAACAAUUGGAUUCCAUUUGGUAAAUGGGGGUAAAGAGAAUAUUGCACCCACAAGUAGUAGUGGAAUUGAUUUCCUUCUACUAUUACCGGCUUGUAAUUUGUAAAUGUCAAACGAAUCUAAUUCAAAUCGUUUUCAUGCCCAUCUAUCAGAAUUUUCCAACUAGCUUCAAAUAUUCCACAACACAUUGUGGUUUAUCAUGUUUGACAAUUAUAUAACCUUCUUAUUUUAAAGAUAUAACUGUGUAUUAUAAUGCAUUUCAAUUAGUUCAAAACUUACAUAAUUACUUCAUAGACUUAUUUGACCACAAUAGAAAUGAUUGGUAAGUGGUCAUCUUAAUAAAUAUUAAAGUCUAUUGGCCUUUCAUUUUGUUCUUGUUUCUAAAAGUCUAUAAAAGGAGAACAUGUACUGGUUUUGUACAUCAGAUUGAAUUGAGGAGAAACAUAAUAGCUCUUCCACUCUCUCAGCAGGGUGUGUAUGUGAGAUAAGUUUUCAAUGUCAACUAGACACGACCAUCCUGAUGAUAAUCCUCACCCAGGAGAUGGGUCAGUUAACAUCAAGGGAGAGCUUGCUGUCAAGAGGGAAUCUGGGACGUGGAAAGCAUGCCCCUUUAUUCUAGGCAGUUUCUUUUGUGAGCGUUUGGCGUAUUACGGCAUUGCCACUAAUCUUGUUAUUUAUCUCACCACAAAACUAAAUGAAGGGACUGUCUCAGCUGCAAAAAAUGUUAACACAUUUCACGGAACAUGCUAUCUUACACCUCUCAUCGGAUCCUUCUUAGCUGAUGCUUAUUGGGGAAGAUAUUGGACCAUUACCGUGUUCUACGCAGUCUAUCUCAUUGGAAUGUGCAUAUUGAUUCUUUCAGCAACCAUUCCUGCAUUGAAGCCAGCGGAAUGUGUGAAUUCUGUCUGCACAGCAACUUUAGCUCAAAGUGUUGUAUUCUUCUUAGGACUGUAUUCUAUUGCACUAGGGACUGGUGGGAUCAAGCCAUGUAUUUGGCCCAUUGGAGCAGAUCAGUUCGAUGAUACAGAUAAUAAGGAAAGAGCAAGUAAAGGAUCCUUCUUUAAUUGGAAUUAUUUCACUAGUAACAUUGGUGCACUUAUAGGAGUCAGUGCAUUGGUUUGGAUUGAAGAAAAUAUUGGAUGGGGCCUCGGAUACGGCAUUGCUACAUCGUCUAUCGGUAUCGGAAUGAUAGUUUUCUUUCUCGGUACACCCUUAUAUAGACUUCAAAAGCCAGGGGGCAGUCCUCUUACAAGAAUAUGCCAAGUGGUUGCUGCGGCUUUACGUAAGUGGAAACUGGAGGUUCCCCAGGACAGUUUUCUCCUCUUUGAGGUAGCGGAGACGAAUUCCUCCAUUAAAGGAAGUCCUAAACUAGAGCAUAGCGAUGGAUUGAGGUUCCUAGAUAAAGCAGCAGUGCUAUCAGAUGCAGAGAAAGAGGGUGCCUCCCAAGUAUCCAAUCCAUGGAGACUUUGCACGGUAACACAGGUGGAAGAGUUGAAGAUUUUGAUCCGCUUGUUUCCAAUCUGGGCAACAGGAAUCAUCUUCUGUGCUGUUUAUGCUCAAAUGUCGUCAUUGUUUGUCGCGCAAGGGAAGAGGAUGGACAAAAAUCUUGGUUCUUUCAAAAUUCCUGCAGCCUCUCUUUCAACUUUUGCAUUAAUUGGUGUCAUUAUUUGGGUUCCCAUUUAUGAUAGGGGGAUUGUUCCAAUUGCCAAGAAAUUCACUGGCAAUGUAAAGGGCUUCUCAGACUUGCAAAGGAUGGGAAUUGGCCUGUUUCUCUCCAUUGUUUGCAUGUCAGCUGCUGCUAUAUUAGAGAGCAAGAGAUUACAAAUUGCAAAAGAGUUUGGAUUGGUUCAUAAAAAUGUUCCUGUACCACUAAGUAUAUUAUGGCAGAUACCUCAAUAUUUCUUGCUUGGUGCUGCACAGGUAUUCACCUUUGUUGGGCAGCAUGAAUUUUUCUAUGAGCAAGCACCAACCUCCAUGCGUAGUUUCUGCAGCGCAUUGGCACUUCUAACAAAUUCACUGGGGAAUUACCUGAGCACUUUGAUUCUUAUUAUUGUUGCUUUCCUCACAACAGAAGAUGGAAGUUCUGGAUGGAUAACAGAUAAUUUGAAUGAGGGUCAUCUUGACUACUUCUUUUGGCUGCUAGCUGGACUCAGUUUCUUAAACAUGUUGGUGUACAUUGUCUGUGCUAGACGGUACAAAACACAAAAGAAGGUUUAUCACAUGAGUAUUUCUUAAAGACACUAUAAGUGACUCGAAGCAUCAUAUCCAUAGUUAGCACCUUCAUCAUUGUUAGAAGCUCCACCUUUGUAUCAAUGUCUGUUGAUACUUGAUAUCAUUAUAAUCAUCAAUUCUCACUAUUGUCACUA